CAAAAAGCUACGACUUCGCAGCUGAGAAAUGCGACAGGAAAAGGAAACUCCAUAGCAAACAGAAAUCCAUUUCGUUUCCUCCUCCUCCGAUUCUCACUAGAAUUCAGCAAGCCCUCAUCGCUCUCUUGAAACCCUAGCUCUUCUUUAAUUCGCAUUUCCAGUUCACUCUACUUGAUCUCAACCACAGGCUCCAGUUCUCCGAAAAUGGUGUCAUGUGAAGGAGAUAUCAUGUUGGUAAAAAGAAAUGCUGAAGAGAAUGUUGUGUUAGAAGGAAAGAGGAAAAGGAAGAAGAAGAAGCAAGUUACCACACCUCGUCCUGCGUGCUCAUGGGUGUAUUUUAGCCGAGACUUUAUCAAGGAAUACAGCGCUUCGCAUCCUGAAUCCUCUGGCCUUAAAGCUGCCACGAAGGCAGCUUCAGAUGCAUGGAAGUCUAUGAGCCUUGAGGAGAAAGCAAAAUACACAAUGCGUGCUCGUGAAGUGUGGGAUAACUACUUGAGUACAGCCCCCACCCGUACCCCUAAGCCAAGAAAGCAGGCUAAACUAGUCACAAGAUGCUCUCCUGGCCGCUUAUUCAAUGUGAUACAGCGCCUCACAACUGAACAAAAGGCUGCCGUGAAGAGCAUGGGUUUUGGGAGCCUUCUUGACCUUAGAUGCCGAACUCUCCGCCGCAGCUUGUGUCUUUGGCUACUGGAGAGGUUUGACACUACACAACGUAGCUUGGAGAUUUGUGGAGAACGUAUUCCUUUAACACCAAAAGAUGUCGAGCUUGUGAUGGGAUUAGCAGCUAGUGGGAAGGAUGUGGUAAACUCAGGGCCUGAUGACUUGAUUGCGGACUUGCGGCACAGUUAUGAUGCUACAAAUCAUGGUAUUUCAGUCAGGCUCCUAGAAGAGAGGUUGGCAGAGCCUGAAGCAGGAGAGGAAUUUAAGAGAUCAUUCGUCCUCUAUGCGUUGGGCACUCUUCUGUCCCCAACAGCAAGGUUGGAUGUCAGCCCUUCAUUCCUUCACUUCUUGACGAAUGUGGAUGUUGUCCACCAGUAUAAUUGGGGGAAGUUCUUACUCGACCGGCUAGUUUGUGAGGUAUCUCGUUUUCAUCAAGGGAAGCAACGUGCAGUUGGUGGCUGUCUUCUGUUUCUCCAGCUCUUUUAUUAUGAAAGUAUCUCUGUUGAGGAAAAUGGUGCCUUGGCCCCUGCUGUUGUUCCAUUCCUAUCUUCAUGGGGCGAGGACGAGAUUACUGAAAGGGAGAAGCGGGAAAGAGAGCUUGGUGGUUAUGGAUGUGGGGAGGUGGUAUGUAGGGAGAGGUGUUUUGAUUUGGAUUCUUGCGAGUUUAUAGGUCAAUUGGAUAGGCCACCAGAAUGCAAUAUAAGUAGUGGGGUUGAGCAUGAUGCUCCCUUUGAGCAUAAGGAGAAUCAGGUUGAAGAACAGGUUGGUGAAUUUACUUUGGAGGAGGAAAAUAUGCUAGUGUUUGUUAGGAAUAAGGACAUAGUGUGUGGUGAGAUUGAACUAGUAGUUGAAUCAGUCAGAAAACAAUGCCGGAACAGAGAUUAUGGGUGUGAUGAAAUAGUGGAUUAUAUGAAGAAUAAUGACCAUGAAGAAACAUGCAUCUAUGGACCAUGUUCAUGCCCCCUUCCAGACUGCAACUUUGUUAGCUCAUCUGAACAGUUGUCACUGCAUUUCAGCAGCAAGCAUUGGGAUUCUGGAAGGCGUUUCAGAUACAACACCCCUUUAGCUGUCUCGUUGGGGAUAAACGAAGAAUUUCUUGUUCUUCAAGCAGAGGAGGAUGGCGCUCUCUUUCUCCUCAACAAGGGUACAGAAAGUAUUGGAAACAGAGUCAUGAUAACUUCAAUCAGACCAAUAUCUUCAGAAGAAAGGUUCGCAUAUAACCUAGUAUCAGGACGGGGAAACAGUUCUCUCAGAUUCAAAUCAGUGACAGAAAACUUUCCAGGCCGGGUGGAAGGGUUCCCCCAAAUGGAUUUUCUUCUGGUUCCAUUUUGUUUCUUCACUUCGUCUGGGCAACUCAACUUAGAAGUAUGUAUACAGAAUACCACAGAACUCACUGCAGAUUGCCCUUGAUUGAAUUAUUCAUUCUUAAGGUUGCGGUACAGGACUCAACUAAUAAUAUCACUUAAGCUGUCAUUAUGUGCAUGUUAGGGUUUUUGGAAAUUGACCUUGUAAGCGACUAAGUGUAAAACAGUACACCAAAUGCAGUUCACCUCCCAUAGUUUAGUCUUGACAGGUUUGCCUGAGAAUUGAUCUGCCUAUAGAUUACAGGUAACCGGAUCUUUAUAGUCACCCCACUACUUGGAAACUCUGUGAGGACUAUUGUUGUAUGCUUUCUUCGGUGACAUGCUGAUCUGUAUAUAUGAUAGGAUGAAAAAUCAAUUAGGUGUUAGGGUCUAGAGGCUACUGGGAAAUGAUGUUGAGGCGAUUGGUACCCUGUACUGAACCUCUUGAGAUAUGUUUCUUCUACAAUAUGGUAUGUUUUUCAAAAUUACUGGGAAAAAAAGUCUGCAACAAUACUAUUGAUGCUGUAUUAAAUUGUUACAUUUAUUUCUUAACGAAGUACAGAGGUA